AUGGGCUUGCUAGAGGAUUCAACGACCAAGACUGUGCAAAGGCAAUCGGGGGACAGUCCCCCAACAUACACCCAGACUAUAGUCCAGCCUACAGCUCCUCCCUUGAACCUAGCCCAGAAUGUUGGACCUGCAAACCAUACAACCGUCACCCACUACGAGUGCAUCGCGCAUCUCAAGUUCCUGGCAGCAUUGUCCGAUCUACGUGAUACGGUCACAAGCAGUCCGAAUAUCUUCGAUAUCCCCGAUCCGAAUCCACGAAAAUUCGGAGAGGAAAUCAACGAAGCAUGGGCGCUGACCAAAGAGAAACGCUGGGCCGUCUAUACGUCGAAGGCUGUCGAGCGCUAUACAACUUGGUGGAAGGAAUGUGUCCCAACGUCACGCUCACGGCCCACCACCGAGCUGAUGGCCUCCGAGGAAUAUGACAAGAUUACAGCCUGUGGCAGUUCUUUGUCCUGGACCCGGGAUGAGUUGCCUCCGUUAGAUGUUUUAAUGGUAUGGCAUGCACAUAUGCUUAACCCUAGGGCCUUCCUUGAAGACUGCAUUCGACAGGGAAAGAUGAGCUUUUGGGCUACGGGCUUCCCAUGGGAAGCCAUCAAUGCCUGUAUCGAUGACCAAGCACUCACGUACGACGCCGGAAAGACUGCGGCGAAUGUCUUCGCCUGGAAAACAAACCUCCAAUGGAAUAGCCUCGAAGACAUGCCAUACAAGUUGGUAGAUUGCCCCAAUUGCGGUCAUAAAAAUCCUGCGCCCUGGACCGAUGGAAGAUUGACCCUUCCACUCGACCAAGCGUUUGAUUACUGGACUGGCUUCGCAGACAAGAAUUUCAGGAUGUACUGUGCUAAAUGCGAGCUCCGAAUCACUCACGAUAGCCUUCGAUUCCAAAAGUUCAAGGUAGAUGCCGAAGACCUGCUGUAUGAGAAUAUCCCAAUGCCGGGCACGUAUCUGAAUGUAUUGGGUUACCCUGAACACCAGAGCUCAACACGCCGACGCCAGCAACAAGCAACCUUCCCCAAUCGACUUGUUCAAGCAGCCAAACGCGAUUUGGUCGACUUCUUCAGAUCGAGCAUGUGGACUUUCCCAAGCAUACCGAUGUUACGUGACCACUUGGAAGUUUUCCUGCAAGACAGGGAUAUCAUGCGUAAAGCAAACCCUAAUAGCAUCGGGGUCUCACUCCAGAAGGAGGAAAAAAUCGCUGUUCGCCGCAUGAUGUCUCGAUACUGGGACAACAGCUCUCUGUUCGCCCUCGACCUCGUCGGUGCAGUCGUCCGACAGGGCACCUUCGUCCAAAAAAUGGACAACAUUGACUGGCUACACUCCCCAGCCGUGCUAGAGACAACUCUCCGCCUAGUUCGCAAAUACGCAAUCUUCUUCAACAUCAUGUCCUCGAACCCCGGCCGCAUGGCCGUCCCAACCCUCGAUGUCGAUUUGGCCUGGCACACUCAUCAACUUACCCCAUCCCGUUACUUCGAAUACUCAAUGUACCGCACCUUGCAAGAUGGCCGGUACGCAACAUUCAUCGACCACGACGACAAGGUCGCUGAAGUCAAACUCUCCGACGGCUUCGAAUGGACCUCCAAAAUGUACCGCAAGCUCACAGACGGCGGCAUCUACUCCGAAUGCACCUGCUGGUACUGCGAAGCCACGCGCAGCUCAGACCUGCAACGCCGCAGCACCAUCAUCUUACCAUCCUCCUCCGGCGCAAGGGCCCGAUCCGCUGCAGCCAACCUGCACAAUAACCCCGAUAUCUCUUCAGACCCGGAAAAGAACCCACACAUCUCUGCGCACAGCGCCGUUAAAACGAAAUCCGACACCCCGGCCGCAAAGCUCGCAGGUGUCGACGCCAACGAGGUGAAAUUCCUCAAGCUCCGCUCCGACUAUGAACGGACUCGCCGGCGUGCUGACAAGCGGAGCUCGCGAGAUGGGAAACGCCGCUCCGACGAUGGUUCUGAUGCCAAUGCUUACGCUGCUUAUCCGCUUGUCUGGGGGGUUCCGGUAUAUGUACCCUUUUAUGCACCGUAUUCUGGUGACCCCGGGGUCCAUUCUGAUGCUUAUGCUGCGGAUCCGAGCUGCAUGAACCUUCACCAUGGACAUUCGGGCAAUUGUGCUUCUGGGACUUGUGGGGGUGCGGUUGCGGCUGGGUCGUGUGGUGGGAUGAGAGGGGGUUGCACUGGUGGUUGUGCAGGUGGUUGUGGUGGCUCGGGCGGGAGUAGUGGAGGAGGGGGAGGUUGUGGUGGUGGAGGAGGAGGAGGGGGUUGCGGUGGAGGUGGAGGUGGAGGUGGUUGUUGA